AUGUCAGCUCAAUACCCAUCGCUCAGACGGGCCCAGACGGACCUUCCUGCGCAGUCCACUAGCCCGCUACGACAAGACUCCACUGCGUCCACCAACUCGACCGCCUAUUCCAUCGCGUCCAGCUCUUUUGCUCCCAGCCGCACAAGCACGGUAUCGUCUCAUGGGUCAGUCUCCAGCAAUCUAGGCCAUUUCCGCGGGAAGAGUGAAGCAAGCAGCAUAAACUCUGGAUCAACCGUGACAGACGCAAUGGAACGGGGGAAUAGAUCAAAUGCCGGGACAACAUACGAUAACAUUCGUCGGUCACUGCGCCCGCUGCAGCAAGUUCCCAAUGGUACAUCGCCUGCAUCGAGUGUCGGUGGCUAUCGGCAUGCGAGGAGCUACACGGUCGACGAAACCCAACCGUGGAAGGAACAUCGACCGGCAACUCCCGAAUCGCGACUUCAGGAAAAUGAGGCACCGACCCGCAGGCUCUCAAUCUACGAUCCACAAACCCCCACACCCACUUCUCCCCAGCACUGGUCCCCCGUACCUGGAACAUCGCGUCCUUCGUCACCUCAAAAAACAACACCCCACAGCCCUCACCACCCACAGUUAACAGCUGCGUUAACAGCUCCUGAACUCGAGACAUUCCAAAAGUCUUCCACAGGCCAUCUCAGAACCCUUUCGAAGUUUGCACAAUCCCACGAGAACGAUAAAUUCCAACUCAACGCACCGGCUGGCUCGGUAACGGGCCUCGAAGGCCGGCGACGCUUGAAGAGAGCAGACUCGACUCCCGGAAGGGAUGGGGCGGUAUCGCCCGUGAAGCCGAAGGUGUCUUCAUGGGCCGCUGGCAAUUGGAUGGACCAGCAACGGCAGUUUAUUCAAGCCUAUGAAUAUCUGUGCCAUAUUGGAGAGGCCAAACAGUGGAUCGAAGACGUUAUCAACAAGCAAAUCCCGGCAAUCGUUCAAUUGGAGGAAGGUCUACGAGAUGGCGUGACUCUGGCGGAGGUCGUGCAAGCUAUGUACCCAGGAAAACCAUUGCGCAUCUUCCGAAACCCAAAGCUACAAUACCGACACUCAGACAAUAUCGCUUUGUUCUUCAGAUUCCUCGACGAAAUCGAAUUGCCGGAACUGUUUCGCUUCGAACUGAUCGACCUGUACGAGAAAAAGAACCUUCCCAAGGUUAUACACUGCAUCCACGCGCUAUCAUGGGCACUCUUCAAGAACGGCAUGCUAGACUUCAGAAUGGGCAACUUGGUCGGUCAACUUGAAUUCGAACACCACGAACUUGAGAAAACCCAGAAGGGUCUGGACAAGUCAGGUGUUAGCAUGCCCAGUUUUGCAGGCAUGGCUGCUAAUUUCGGUGCUGAGCCAGAGCCAGAGCCUGAGCCAGUUGAAUCAGAAGAAGAGCGUAUCGACCGCGAACUUCACGAGAAUGAGAGUGCCAUAAGCGACUUCCAAUCACAAAUCCGAGGUGCCAUGUUGCGAUUGAAACUCGGACAUACAAUGGCAGAUCUCUGGGACUUUGAGCCUCUUUUGAUCGAGCUACAGUCUCGCCUACGUGGAGAUUGGGCUCGUCAGAUCAGCCAAUACCGAUUGAAUAUGCUCCAGUUCUCGGUUGGACUACAAGCAAUCAGCAGAGGUUUCAUUCUGCGUCGCCAGCAACAAGGCGACAAGCAAUGGCGCAAGGCUCAAGAAGAAGAUGUUCUACAAUUCCAGAGUCUCAUUCGCGCCUCGAAGGCACGCACCCAAGCCAAGAAUCUGCAAACCCGAGCUCGCCGAGAAGAGUCCGGCAUCAAGCAAAUCCAGGCUGCUAUAAGAGGUGCACUGUCGCGUAACAACGUUGCCAAUCAAUACGAAGAGUACCAGGAUACCGGGAGUGAAGUCAUGAUGCUCCAAGCUGCCAUUCGUGGUGCCUUGCAACGCAUGACCGUUGCCGACAAAUACGAGCGCGUGCAGCAGGCUGGAGGCAAAGUUAUCUCACUCCAAGCUGUCAUCCGGGGUGCUAUGCAGCGUAAGCAACUUGAAGCCCAGUCUCAAGAAGUUAGCCAAGCUGGUAUUGCUGUCAAAUCCCUUCAAGCAGCGAUGAGGGGUGCCCUGCAACGAACAAGGAUGAACAAUCAGUCCAAUGAGGUCAAGCAAAUUGACACCCCAGUCAAAUCCCUACAGUCGGUUAUUCGGGGAUCAAUUGCGCGCCAAAACGUAUCGGACAUGAAGAUUUCCUUGAACAAAGAAGCAUCCCAAGUUACCACAAUCCAAUCACACAUCAGAGCUCUGAUCGCCAAAGAUCGUCAAACUCAGCUGCUACACGCCUUGGAAUAUACCGAGAGCGAGUGUACCGCACUUCAAGCUAUUUUGCGCGCCGGUGUCGUGAGGCAAUCCACCUCCGCCAUCCGCAGUGAGCUUGCAGAACACCAGCCGCAAGUGGUUCAUCUCCAGGGAAUCUUGCGCGGCCAGGCCACUAGAGAAUCUUUGGACGCGCAGAGAUCCUCUUUGCUGCACGAAGAAUCUUCCAUAUUGGAUCUUCAGUCCCGUUCUCGAGGACUCAUUCAUCGGAUGCACCUGAGUGAAGAGCGCAGCGCUCUGGAGCAAGAGGAAUACGCCAUCGUCGAUCUUCAGGCACUGGCCCGCGCUGCUGUCUCGCGAAUUGAGGUGGGAGGUAUUCUUUCCAGCUUGGAGGAAUGCGAGGAGGAAGUGGUCCAGCUUCAGUCCUUGGCUCGGGCUAUGAUUGCACGCCUUGAAGCUGGUGAUAUUUUGGCCGAUCUUGAAGCAGAAGAAGACUUCGUUCUGGACCUUCAAGCGCAAAUCCGGGGAGUGACCGUACGCAAUCGCUUUGAAGAAAGACGUCAGCAUUAUAACGAAAACAUGGAAAAGGUCAUCAAGGCCCAGAGCGUCAUUCGAGGCCGCAUCCAAGGCCAGGCAUACAAGAGCCUGACAAGUGGAAAGAACCCGCCCGUUGGGACUGUCAAGGGAUUCGUUCAUCUUCUCAAUGACAGCGAUUUCGACUUUGAUGAGGAGAUCGAAUUCGAGCGGUUACGCAAGGUUGUUGUCCAGCAAGUGCGACAAAACGAGCUUGCUGAGCAAUACAUUAGCCAGCUUGAUAUCAAAAUUGCCCUCCUUGUCAAGAACAAGAUCACACUGGACGAAGUUGUUAAGCACCAAAAACACUUUGGUGGUCACAUCGGCAACCUCCUAUCCAACACCGAAAUUUCUUCGAAAGACCCUUACGACCUCAAAGCCCUCAACAAAACCUCGCGCAAGAAGCUGGAUCAAUACCAGGUCUUUUUCUUCCUUCUCCAAACCCAAUCACAGUACCUCGCUCGCCUAUUCCGGCGAAUGCGCGAGACUAAUACCUCAGACAAGGAGUAUGAAAGGAUUAGACACCUCAUGAUGGGUCUCUUUGGUUAUUCACAGAAGCGACGUGAAGAGUACUACCUCAUCAAACUUCUAGCCCGCUCUGUGAAGGAAGACAUCGAAGGGUUUACUUCCCUUCCCGAGUAUUUGCGCUGCACUUCCUUCUGGAACAAGCUCUUCUCCUCAUAUGCCAAAUCGCCACGGGAUCGAAAGUUCAUGCGCGACGUAUUGGGAACUGUUGUCAAGGAGUCUGUGAUCGACAACCCCGACCUUGACUUGGAGAGUGAUCCCAUUCAGAUUUACCGUUCUGCAAUCAACAACGAAGAGCUUCAAACAGGCCAAAGAAGUCGCCGGCAACCGGAUUUACCCCGCGAAGAAGCAAUCAGGGACCCCGAGACCAGAGACACAUUCAUUCAACAUCUACAAGAUCUUCGUGAUAUUGUUGACCAAUUCUUUUUGGGGCUUGAAGACUUCCUGUAUCGAAUGCCCUUUGGUAUCAGGUACCUCGCCCAGCAAAUGUAUCAGAAUCUCCUCGAAAAGUUCUCUGGCGAAGACCAAGGCUUCAUUCUCCAAACUGUGGGGCACUGGGUGUGGAAGAACUACUUCCAGCCUGCUGUCCUAGAGCCCGAGAAAUAUGGAGUGGUCGACCGGGGCUUGACCCAAGAACAGAAGCGCAACCUCGGAGAAAUCUCGAAAGUUGUUGCCCAAAUAGCCUCUGGAAGACUGUUUGGAGCCGAAAAUGUUUAUCUCCAGCCGCUCAACAACUACAUUGCAGACUCGAUCCAGCGGCUAGGGCAAAUAUGGGGCCAAAUGAUCUCGGUUCAGGAUGCGGAGACCUACUUUGACAUCGACGAAUUCAACGACCUUUAUGCCAAGGCUAAGCCUACGCUAUACAUCAAGAUGUCUGACAUCUUCUCCAUCCAUCAACUUGUGGCCUCCGAGAUCAACUACAUGUGUCCUCAUCCGGACGACUUUUUGAAAGAGCUAGUCCGAGAGCUUGGAAACGUUAAGAGCAAUGAAAACGAACUGAUGGGAGUCAGCUCAACUGAGAUUAAUCUGACGCUGAGCCCGAAGAUGGCCCAGAUGGAAGACCCCGAGGCAGAGGUCAAGACACUGUUUAUGGAAACGAAGCGCUGCAUCCUUUACAUCAUCCGUGUCCAGAGCGGCACCAACCUGAUGGAUGUUAUGCUUAAGCCACCGACACCCGAAGACGAGGAACGUUGGCACGAUUUGGUCAGGGAGGAGUUGAGCACCAGCAACCCUCGUCGGGGUGCCUACUCCGAAGCCAACAGCUUGAUCGACAUUGGUUCCAUGGGCUAUGCAGAGCUCAAGGGUAUUGCACUCGAGAACAUCCUUCGUCUAGAGCAAACUGGACGUAUCAAUCGUCACAACCAUUACCAAGAUCUCCUGAACGCCAUUGCCAUCGACAUACGAACCAAACACCGUCGGCGAAUCCAACGCGAACGUGAAUUGGAGGGCGCUAGAUUGACCUCCCAACGUCUCAGUGGCCAAGCUGUCUACCUUGACCAGCAGCUCAAGACAUACAACGACUACAUCGAACAGGCCAUGAUCACGUUGCAGAACAAGAAAGGCAAAAAGCGAUUCCUGAUGCCAUUUACCAAGCAAUGGGACCACCAGCGUGAGCUUCAAAAGUCGGGCAAAGUUUUCAAAUUCGGAUCCUUCAAGUACUCCGCCCGCACGAUGGCUGAUCGCGGUGUCCUCGUCGCCUGGAAGGGCUACGCCGAACGACAAUGGGAUCGGGUGGACUUGACCGUCUCUAGUAACGAGGUGGGCGUGUUCACCAUCGACGGCAGUAGUGGCAACAUGAUGAUCCCUGGAGCCAAUGCGCAGGUACCGCUGGACGACUUGCUGCAGGCCCAGUUCAACAAUACGCAAUUCAUGGACUUCUUCGACGGACAGAUGCGGGUCAAUGUGAACCUCUUCUUGCAUCUGAUCAUGAAAAAGUUCUAUAAUGAGUGA